CGCUGACACGCUGUUUUAUUGCUCUGUUCAGGCUGUCAGUCUUGUGCAACAAGCAAACAAGAUUAUAUAAAUAAAGCCUGGACAGCACGCGCGCGACGCAACCAACACCUGACUUUAAAGCAAUCUGCUAGUAAGUUACAGUAUCUGGUAGAGGUCCAAACUGGAAAAAAGUAUGGAGGACUCUAUUGAGUUCAUGCUUCAGGAGCGAAACUCUAAACAACUCAAUCGUUAUCGGGAAAACCGAGUCCUUACCUUUGCAGCAGGAGCUAUCUUCUGUGGGCUCUAUGGCCUCUGGGCAAUGUUCUGCCUGCCUGGGUUGAAAGUACCAUUUCGGCUAAAGGUGCCAUUCUUGCCAUCCACAAAAGAUCAGACUGAGAAUGUGAUGAAGUUGCUUGAAGGGAGGCAAGGUCGGCUUGCUGAUCUGGGCUCAGGAGAUGGACGAUUGGUAUUUGCAGCAUGCUCUGCAGGAUUUCAGUGCACAGGCUUCGAGAUUAACCCCAUGCUGUUAGCCUACUCUCAAGGCCAAGCAUGGUGGAGGGGAAUACCACACACUAGUGCUACAUUUGUUAAGCAGGAUUUCUGGAAGACUGAUCUUUCAAAGUAUACAAAUGUGGUCGUAUUCCUGGCCCCUGCUGUGAUGGCGGCUUUGGAGGAGAAACUUCGAAAGGAGCUUCCUACUGAUGCUCGGGUUGUGGUGUGCCGAUUCCCAUUUCCACACUGGCCCCACAGCUGCACUAGCGGCUCUGGACUGAACCAGGUUUGGGCGUAUAAUGUCUCCAGAGAUGUGACUUUCUCUUUGAAAACACAAACCGAAACUACCCGACUGAUGUAAUUGUUCUUUUGAACAAUUGAACAUGUUUGCUUAGUAAUUUUGUGACCAUAAUAAAG